CUCAUACUACUCGUUUACAGGGAUGCACAGUCCAGCAUCAAUUUAAAGUAGUUUACUCUGCAGACUCAGGCACCAAAUUAAAGAUAUUGACGAACGUCAACUGGGUGUUUUGCGAACUGGAAAAAAUGCCCAAACGGCUGUUUGUUUAUAGUUAUUGUAGAUUGUAAGUGCUGUGAACGCAGUAAGUUUGGUUUAAAAAAAAAAAAUCAGUGCUCUCAAAUUUAGGAAUACGUUAAGUGACGAAAAAUACGUGUAUGACUUUUAAUAUAAUUAGUUUUAAGAUUUUGGAACUAUCCGUUCCUGCAGAAAUUCGAUCUUGUUAAAUUGCUGUAGCCAUAUAAUAUUUCUAUUCGGCUAAUAGCGAAUAGGUGAAAUACGAUGUUGUAUUAUUCUAAUAGCCAAUAAUAGGUGAAAUACGAUGUUGUAUUAUUCUAAUAGCCAAUAAUAGGUGAAAUACGAUGUUGUAUUAUUCUAAUAGCCAAUAAUAGGUGAAAGCAAAUUAAGAUAUUUUCAUAUUGUGCGAUAAUUGAAAUUACAACCUUGUCCUUUCGUUAAUUGACAUUAAUAUUAUGAUUCAGGCUUAUAGCAAUGUUGGCAUUUCGUUCAGCAGUCCUGUGAUUGGACAGAAAUACAUUGAUGACUUAAAAAAAUUAAUAACUAACCAACAAUUAAUUGUAUUCUCUUAAAUGUAUUUUGAGCGGAAGUAGGCCUUUAAAAAGCAUGCAUAAUUUGUUCGUUACCAAAUUCCAUUAUUGUAGCCUAAUUUAUUUAAUUAUGUUCCCUAUUUGAAAUUGCUUUAUUAGUCUUCAAAUAAUCAUCUAGAAAAUAAACUUGAGAGAUAAAACUUAAAUUGAGAAAAAUAUUUAAGGUAAUUGCUGGAAAUAAAGUUAAAAUCUCUCCACCUCCAUCUCUCUCCAGGCCGAAUCGCUACAACGUCGACUAUUCCUAUUCAAAUCAUCACAGAUUGGCUCUGCGCCCCCGCCUGCUGUGAUGUCUCUAUCCAGCAUCCCCACCGUGAAGGACAAGCCGUUCCACUCCAACCCCCUCAAAAGCAAGCCUGUCCGGGGUUCGGGUUACUACGCUGCCCCGCUACCGGGAGCCCACCACUACAUGGACAUCUUCAGGAGCUCUCAGCAUCUCCUUCACCCGCUCAAGUCUCUGGGACGGCUAGUUACCGACACCCAGGCAGUCAUGCCGUUCAACUUCACCACCGGAACACCCUCGUUCUUCGGCAACGGCGGCCACCAAGCCACCGCCGUUAACGUUCUUCACGAGCAGAUCUUUAACGUGUCGCACAUCCCGUACUUCAACCGGAUGAUGCCGGGAGUGGGACACACGAUUUACUCCAAGCACGAGGAACUGGCAGCGGUGGUGACCGAGCACGCCACCGGCCCGUUAUCUGUAGGCCUAUCAGACUUCAGCAGUCCCGCCUCGAACAAGAGGUCCUCCGCUCCCUCACCGUCUAAAGAAAGUUUAUUCCACCUCAGGGGAACCGAACUAUCACCGGAGAAAACGCGCACUUAUAGUUUCAGCGAGGACGACCUUUUCAUGGUGCUGUAUGGAUAUUCCCGGAGCCAGGAGCAGAAUUCCGGCCAAGCCAUCUCCGGAGUAGCCCUGCUUGGGAACUCAGUUUGCAACAGCGAACAACUCACCUUGGAAACUGAGGCGCUUGGACUUCCAGAAGGGUUAUCUAUCCACCAGACAAGUUACGGCAGUUUGUCCCACUACGGAGUUUACGCAGAGAAGAGCGCCAUCACCAAGGGAACCCGGUUCGGCCCAUUUCAGGGGAAACUGGUCAAUACCAGCGAGAUCAAAACAUACGACGACAACACGCUGAUGUGGGAGGUGUUCAAGAACGGCGGGUUGAGUCACUUUGUUGACGGCCGAGGCUCGUCCGGUAACUGGAUGUCCCUAGUGAAGUGCGCACGCUUCCCAGAAGAGCAGAACUUGAUCGCGGUACAGAGUAAAGGACAGAUCUUCUACGAGGCCUGUAAGGAGGUCCAGCCGGGUCAGGAGCUACUGGUCUGGUACGGGGACUGCUAUGUUCAGUUCCUGGGGAUUCCUCUCACUCUGAAGGACUCGCCGGAGGAGGGAAAUACCAUGAUUCCACAUGAAGAUUCUGGAGAGGGUUUUAAGUGUGAUCGGUGUGGCAAAGUGUUCGCCUAUCAAUACUACAGAGACAAGCAUCUGAAGUAUACGCGCUGCGUGGACCAGGGCGACCGGAAGUUCCCGUGCCACCUCUGCAACAGGUCGUUUGAGAAGAGAGACCGAUUGAGGAUCCAUAUACUACACGUCCACGAGAAACACCGACCACAUAAGUGCUCAGUGUGCGGAAAGAGUUUCUCUCAGUCUUCCAGUCUCAACAAACACAUGCGCGUGCACUCUGGAGAGCGCCCUUACAAGUGCGUGUACUGUAACAAGGCCUUUACUGCCUCCAGCAUUUUGCGCACGCACAUCCGCCAGCACUCCGGAGAGCGGCCCUUCAAGUGUAAACACUGCGGGAAAGCCUUCGCUUCGCACGCCGCGCACGACAGUCACGUCAGGCGCACCCACGCCAAGGAUAAACCCUACCCGUGCGACGUGUGUAGAAGCACCUUUCAAGAAGCGACAGAACUCAAGAACCACAUGAAGAGUCACACAAAAAGACCCCUCUCAGAAAGCGCAGUUCACCCUACCGUCUCAGUAAACGGAUCUUUGGACGAUACACCAACGAUGCUUUCAGUCACCAAGGACUGCAGGACGCAAAGACUGACGGAGGAGAACUUCUCGUACACAGGACUGGCGGUUCUGAACCCAGAAUAUCGACCCUGGAACUAAAACAAUUCCAUAGAAUUAGAAUGUGGCAUUCUAGAAUGUACCGAAGAAGUUUCGAUUAGAGCUCAAAAUCGUUGCUAGGACACUUCCAAAAGCAUUUUUUUUUUUAAAGAUAAUAACUAUUGGAAAUAUAUUUAAUACCACAACUUGACUGUAUUGUAUGACACACUGUAAAUAACUUUUUUUGUCAAAUGUAUUUAUUUAUUUGAAUCUGUUUUGAUGUAAUGAGAACGUAUUUUUUUUCUGUCUAAAAUGUUUUGUUAUUUGUGUUAUUUGGUUAAUUAUUGGUGUUGAUCAAUGUAAUAAUGCAAGAUUUUAACGAAAUGUUACAUAAAAACAUGUAUUAACGUUCGUGAGCACAAUUUCUUAUAGUUCAGCAUUAAAAUCGGCUUGUAUUAUUAUUUGAAAAUGCUGUGUACAAGUUUUUCAUUUAUACAUGCAUACCCAGAUUUGUAUUAAUUUAAACAUGUUAAUUUAUCGGCAUACAAUGUUUAUACUACCUCUAAAUCCAUCCUAUUUCGGUCUUUCAUGGCUAACUGUGCUUUUCCUGACGGUCUGUUUCUUGUCUCGUGUGUAUCUGUGUUUAACUGUUUAAAAGCAUCGGCUUUCUAAUAAAUAUCAAUUAAAUAAUA